GUGGUUGUUUAUCUUUGCUAAAGUCUAGUCCUGCAAUACUCACAAACAGAUAAAAAUGAGCUCGAAACAAGGAACAUAUCUGCCACCGCAUGUGUUAAUCUUCCCUUUUCCAGCUCAAGGCCAUCUCAACUCCAUGCUCAAUCUAGCCCAACUCUUCUGUUUAGCCGACUUCCACGUCACCUUCAUAGUCUCCGAUUUCAAUCACUCUCGCCUCCUCCGCCACAGCACCGUCCCCGCCACCUUCUCCCGCUACCCGGGAUUCCAGUUCCGAACCCUCCCCGACGGCCUUCCCGACGACCACCCCCGCGCCGGCGAGAGAGUCAUGGAUAUCACAUCCUCCGUCGAACAAGUCACCGUUCCGCUUUUCAAGAAAAUGAUGGUCUUAGAAAAUUUCUUGGCUUCCGAUUCCCGGAGACCGGUUACCUGCUUCGUUGCCGAUGGGCUGAUGAGCUUCGCAGCCGACUUUGCCCAAGAGAAUGAGAUUCCAUACAUUUAUUUCCGGACUGCUACGGCCUCCUACUUUUGGGCUCUUUUCUGCUUUCCUCAGCUCCUUCAAGCUCAACAAAUUCCUUUCCAAGGAAAAUCGAUGGAUGGAUUAGUUGAAAACAUACCGGGAAUGGAAGGUUUUCUCCGGCGCCGUGACCUACCAAAGUUUUACCGCGUAGACGACGUAAACGACUCAAUUCUCGGGAAAGUAGUAACUGUGUCAAGACAAAUCGUGAGGGCACAAGCGGCCAUAUUCAACACAUGUGAAGAUCUAGAAGGGUUGAUAGUUGCACAGAUACAAAAGCAUGUGCCAAGAGUUUUCUCCAUCGGUCCUAUCCACGAGCAAACGAAAACCAGACUAACAAAGAAGAACGAGGAGGCCUCGAUUAGCAGAACGAGCCUAUGGGCAGAAGACCAGAGCUGCAUCCAUUGGUUAGACACGCAACCACCUAAAUCUGUCGUCUAUGUGAGCUUUGGGAGCAUAACACUUGUGACGAGAGAGCAAGUGCUAGAGUUCUGGCAUGGCUUGCUCAACAGUUGCCAGAGAUUCUUGUGGGUCAUGAGGCCGGAUAUGGUGGCCGGAAAGGAUGGAAUUCCAAAAGAUUUAAUUGAACGUAGUAAAGAAAAAGGUUUGGUGGUGGAGUGGGCGCCGCAGGAGGAGGUUCUCAACCACCCUGCUGUAGGAGGAUUCCUGACACACAGUGGAUGGAACUCGACUCUCGAGAGCAUUGCUGCAGGAGUGCCUAUGGUAUGUUGGCCUUAUUUUGGUGAUCAAAUGAUAAAUAGUAGGUUUGUGAGUGACAUUUGGAAGAUUGGAUUGGAUAUCAAAGAUACUUGUGAUAGAUUGAUUAUUGAGAAGGCCAUUAGGGAUUUGAUGGAAGUCAGAAAAGAAGAGUUUUUAGAAAGGGCAGGAAAUAUGGCUAAACUUGUGAAGAAGUCAGUUAGUGAAGAGGGAUCGUCGUAUAAAAAUCUUGAAUGUCUAAUUCAGUAUAUCAAGUCCUUGCUUCUUUGAUAAGAAUUGAGAAUAUCAAUCUAAGGUGUUUUUGUUGUUUGUA